CUAAGGCUUACAGUGUUGCAUGUUUGGGCUGUGGCUGAUUUGAGGCUACCAAGAUGACAGCGUUGGUUAGGCCUAAAUAAGUCUCAUUCAGCAUUUGGUUGUACUAAAAAACCCGCUAAGGAGUCUGUGUUCUGUUUUUUCUGGUAAAUACAAUUUGUUUUAAUUUUUUUUAAGCCUUUUUUUUCUAGAAAAAGUUAGCAUUAGCAUAAUCACAGUUAACCGUGGCUGUAAAUGUACCAUGCGAACAAAGCUAGUUGGUUUGGGUUAGCACUACACUCUUGUCCAAAUGUGGUCACUGCUGGCUCCAAAAAUCCAAGAUGGCAACAGCUAAAAUGCAGAAUUCGAGACUUCAAAAAACAGAUCUAUAAAGAGAACUGGAUACAGUGUUGGAGGUGUGCCCCUGUUCAUUCCUAUAAAAGGUGCUCAGUGGCGUAUGGAGCCAAAAAAGCCCAAUGUAUGCAGUAUAAAAAUUACCUAGAUCUUUCAUAUUGUGAGGCCCAUAGAGCAAGCACACUAGAGACGUAUGGCAGCCGAGCACAACUGAGCGGCUAACUUCCAUAAUAGCCCUCUGUAAACAUGACUGACUGUGUAAUGUGCGACUCGUCUGGACUUUCAAAAUGCUAUUGGACUGAGACAUUCAAAAACAAGUGCUCCACUAUUUACAACGUCUCCAUCACAAUGUAAGUCUAUGGGGAAAAGUAUUUUGGGGCCCAAUGGCACCUCGUGACCAACAAGACCAGUGAAGUUCCACUUUUGGCCACUAUGUAAAAUUGGCUUGACAGCCCUGCGCUGUUACUUGACUCUUGCUUCAAAAUGGCAGUCAACAAACCAGUGGGUGACGUCAUGGUGGCUACGUCCAUUAUCUUUUACAGCCUGUGCUCUGGAGCCACAAAAGGCUUUUUACAACGUUUUUUUUAUUUUCCACUGAUGCAGUGUUACUCCCCGAGACUUUGAACUGACUUUAAAAUCCGCGUUCCCCCUUUAAGCAAAAUUCAAGCAUCUGCUAAGUGAUUUUCAGACCAUGCAGAACUGAAUGAAAUCAUAUUUGCUGUCUGAAAAUAAACCUGCACAUUAUGUGUUUGAAAGUAUUAAUAAAAAUGUCAAGUGUAUUGUUGUCAAGGAGAUAAAUAGAUGGCUGGUGAUCACUAAGAAUAACUGGGCUCACCGUGGGACUGGCCUGGACCAGCCACAGAUUCCCACGACCCCUCCUCUACACACACACACACACACACACACAAAUCAAAACACAGGCAGGCUGCAGAGGCGCACAAGCAGCGAGGACACGGAGAGGCAGAGCGGCUUUGCACCACUUUUAGUUAGAUUGGUAUUUACUAUAAAAGCUUCAUUUCAGGCUCCGCAGUGCUCGCUGUUGAGCUGCACACUGACUCACACAGUCAAGAAACGCAUAAAAACCCGUCUUCAUGUGAGGAGGAAUACGGUGAAAGUCUGGAUUUAACACACGCAGGAGUGGGAGGAAUAACGCAACUCAGGGGUAUUUGUCUUGAUGAUGCCGAGGAGCCAGUUUCUGCUUCGGAUUUGCGUCCAAAACAAGUGUGAAGCCAGAGGAUGACAGAAGCCAGUCCUGUCUGCAGCCCCGCCUCCUCCCACUCCUCCCAGUCAUCACCCGCUUGCCUCCCAACAUGCAGGAGACACCUGAAGAAAGGCAAAGCCCUCAAGACCAAGCUGCACCUGAGCUCUGCGCCAGGUGUGUGGCUGCUGUUGGGUGUAAUGGUGGUUUUGGUGGGGAUGGCUGUUGCAGUGGCCGGCUACGUAUCUGCAGCACCAAAGCCAGUCGUGGGCAGCCGAGGUAAGACCCACAUUGAUAGGAUGAAGCUGGCCGGGCCCGCGGUCAUGGGAGUGGGCCUGUUCAUCUUCAUCUGUGCUGCCACACUGCUGUACGAGAACCGGGAUCUGGAAGUCCUCAGGCGAGAUGACCUUGAGGAUCUGAAAGGAGGAGACGGCUGGGAGGAUUCGCAAGAUCAGCCCAGCUUCAGCUGUCAGGAGCAGUGGGAGCAUAAAGAUAGAGAGCAGGGAUCCUGGGCGGCUCCGACCCACACACUCCCCCUCUCAAACCAGAACUGUGAUCCUCCACUUCCUUCACCUCACAGGAACACGCACAACACCAGCAGCAGGCCAUCGUCGCCGCCGCCUCCUACGGAUGCAGGAGGUAGAGAUGGAGAGGAGGAGGAGGAGGAGGAGAAGGAGGGAAGAUCAACCCUGCUGGCCCGAGUUCUGCACCACCAGGAGCCAACUCCUCACCCUCCCUCCCCCUGCCCGUCCAUCUCUCACUCCGUCUACUCAGACUCUUGCAACUCCAGUGAAAUUAACUUCAACAUACGAACAGGCAUUCCUCAACAGUGAACCCCCCGCUGGUUCAACUUGUCUCAUAAAAUAUGCAUGAUGAGAUUCAUCUGGAAGUUUCACGUGCAGACACACACUUAAGACAAGACUAUGCAUUCCUCAAUAAACAAGUGAAAUGUUUGUUGGUAUGUUUUAGUGCCUCCGAGUGGCGCAGUGGCUCUGAGUCACUGUCUGUGAAGGGUGUUUUUGUCCUACAUCGUUCUCUGACUCACCCACGUUUGAAAGAUUGGAGCUACGCCGUCUGAUGUCAACUCGCCAUCUUGUUGUCUUUGAACUCAACCAUGCCCCAAAUCCCUAAAGCCACUGCUUGUUUGACCAUAUUUGGACCUGAGGAGGAUUGCUGAAAACUUAUUUGGGUGCCGUACUGAGAGAUGGACGCUCACUCCUCUCUCUUACACACACACACAUGCAGAGGUGCAGGGUCUACAUUUCCUUUGCUGGAGAGCUUUGUUAAGAGGAUGAGCCAGAUUAGGUUUGAAAUGAGUCUCUAUCUAAUCUCACACAUACUGUAAUCUACUCUUUAUCUGAGGAAAUUGUGUCUCGCUAUAAACAAGAGAAGCACACGAGGCCACACUCCUCUCACUCGACACCUACAGCCACGCUAUAAAUACCAGCUGCUGCUUUGUACACAUGCGAGCGUGGACUCCAGUUUUCACUGUAAUUCAACAUUUUUUUUUAAAUCACACUGUCAGCUGCUCAGUUUUAUUCUUUUCUCGAGUGUGAUGAAGCGAGAUCUUAAAGAAUUUCAAUCAGAUGGUGGAAAGAAAGAAAAGAGCAUUGACUGACCAAAAAAAAAGCAAAAUCUGGUGAGGCUGUUCUGAGUUAUUCCUGACGCAGCUUAGCUGAGAAAGCGCUCCUAUGAGUCGCUUUCUCUCCCACCAUCCCGACCUUUCAUCUCCUCUCACUUCAUCAUCCGAUUCCUACGCUUUAUUCAAACACCCCGUCCUCCAUCUCAAUCCCUGGCUUCCGCAAAACAGAGCAAAACAAUGCAGAGUAAAAUGUUACCGGGUCCAAUUAAGCUAAAGCGAGCAUGUUUGAGAGGUAAAGGGGGUAGGAUUUUAAUUAUCGCCAGCAUUUUCUCCUCCAGCCUCUAAUUACACAGGGGAUCAGUCUGAAAGUUUUUAUAGGUGCUUUAGCACCGCAGAGUAUUUCCUUGUUGUUCAGGCCCAUGCUGGGAUCCUGCCAUCCAGAUGACGACCGAGACUGAAGUGUACAGUAAUUUCCAGCUGCACAUUUUACUCACUUAAACGAGCACUCAUCUCACUCUCACGCACACGUACAUACAUUAUGCUGUUUUAAGAUGCUGAAUGUAUAUUUCAGUAGCAGGUCGACAGGGAGAUGUGUCUGAUUUUUCACUGAAUCAUGCAACAAGCUGCAAGCAGCCUCCUUCACACUUACUGCUCAGAAAAGCAGCUCUCUCCUUGCUCUCACACGUACACGAGUCCUUCUGGCUGUGAGAGAUGCUCUGAUGUAUUUACAUUCAGACAGAACGAUGCUGAAUGUUAGAGCGGCGACCAAAGAUUAGUGCUGAUUAAUCUGCGGAUUAUUUUCAAGAUUAUUGUCAAAUCUUUUUGUCUGCAAUAAAUUGCCAGUUUAUGAGGUACAGCCAGUUUGAACUAAUGCAGUCUAAAUCAACAGUCAGUGUACCGAAGCUGGAAACAGCCGUGCUUGCCAUUACCUGGAGAAAGAAAACAAAGCGUGUGUUAAUCUGUGUCUAUUCUGGAUAAAAACAAAAGGUAGAUUUCUCAAGAUAACCAGAUAAUUCAUCAGGAGAAAACCACUUUUUCUCGAGACCAAAAAAAGACAGCUCACUUUCAAAUCUAUAGAGAUAAAUUAUCUCGUUAUCUGCCUUUUGUUUUUUUGAGAAUCUACAUAAUUUAACUCGUUAUCAUGAGAAAACGAGCUCAUGACUCAUGACUUCAAGAUAACUGCAUUGUCCGAACAGCCAAAAUCUUAAGAGUUUACUUUUAGAUCAAAGCAAGAAAUCUUUAUUUUUCAUUUCCAUUGCUAAAAAAAAAUAUUCAAAUGAUUAAUUAGCCAUCCGUUUCAGCUCUGUCUGUAGCAGGUAGCUUUUUUCUCAUGACAAAGUGUUACUCUGUCGAUUUUCGAGAAAACAAAAGACAGAUUUCUCGAGAUAACGAGAAAUUUUAUAAUUAGAAAACACCUUUUUUCUCAAGAUCUCACUUCUCCCGUGAUCUUGAGAAGAUAAAAGUCAUUUUCUUAAGACAAAUUAUCUCGUUAACUUGAGAAAUUGGCUUUUUGUUUUCCCAAGAAUAGAGAAUUAACCUGCUAUGAUGAGAAAACAAGCUUUGUUAUCUCGAAAUCGGGAGUUAAUUAUUCGGGAGGGCAUUAACUGCAUUAAAGAAAUAAUUGCAAACAAGGCUCUUGGAUUCGACUGUGUGGUCAUUUUGCAGGCUGCAGUUUGUAGUUGACAGUGUUUCUAUUAUGUUGUCCAUCCCAUUUAUAUCAGUGAAGGUAGGCUAAAAAACAUAAACACCAUCACCACAAACAGCAGCCUACAAAAUAAUUAUAAAGUUGUCAAAAAAAUAGCGAAAAAUGUCAUCACAAGUCUUUAAAUUGCUUCAAACUGAUUGUUUUUUCCAGUCAAAAACUCAAAGGUACCGAUAUUGUUCCUUAAGAAAUCACUCAAAUGAUUAAUCAACUAAUCAUUUCAGCUCUGUCAGCACCAGGAACAGAUUUACUCCUGUGUCAUGUUAAUGUACAGGCCUUGUUUGUUCUACCAGGCAUCGAUCCUGAUGUUGAGAUUAAAUUCAGAUGUAAAACCCCUUUGAAUCUGACUCCAAACUGACCAGAGGGGAUUUCAGGAUCUCUACACGUGCAGCUGCAGCACUGCAGACAGACAGAAUACAAGAAACCUUUGAGGGUCCUCAUGUGUGCAUCAGUGAGUGUGAGUGUGCCAGAGUGUUGUUACAUAAUUCAGCGCCGCACGUUCUUUUUUGCUGCAUCGGGAAUGUAACUGAAUCGAAUCCCCUCCUCUGUGAGAUGAAUGUGUUUGUCGAUACAUAUCUAAGCAGAUGGACGGGAGGCUGUAAGCUGCUUAACCCUGCGCUGACUCAGGACACAAGCAAUUUCUCUGUUCCUUAAGAGAGAGAGGAGCUAUGAUCAACAAUUUUUGGUAUAAAAGAUGUGUGUGACUGAGGAUAAGGAAGAUGCCAGUUUAAAGAAGUGUGUGUGUGGUUUUUUAACGUACAUGCUUAACCUGUUACAGCAGGAAGUGGGAUUCAGUUAAGAAGUCUUUGUAAUAAAAGUGAGACGCAUCAGCUGUAUGGAGAUAUGUUUCCACCACUAAGGAGUUUUAACCUUUGUCCACAUCUGGCAUUCAGUAUUUCAUAAAAACAGAGGGAUAAACUUUGAGGUUUUAUAUGUAACAUUCACAGUGUAUCCUCUGUUAAAACAAGCUAAUAAACCAAAUGACAUUUUUCUGGCAUUUAAGGAGACAUAAAAUCUCUCUGGUGGCCACAUUCCACCGCUCCUGAGUUUUCUAAUUUGCAGCUUUCCCUUGAAACCUUGUGUUGUUUGAUCAUCUUCAGCCUCUGAGCAGCUGUGAUCAGUGCACGAUAAACAGCAGGUGUAUUCCUGAUCUAAUCCAAUUUUAGCUCUGCUAUCGGCUCUCCUCAGCAGUCCACAUGGUGCAGUCAAUGGAAGAAGGAUCCCGCUCACAAUGAAGGGACUAAUAUUGUGUGUUUUGGCCAUUGUGAUGCUCACACCUGCUCGAGGUAAGAUGACGUAGUGCCUCUGGUCACAGUAGGUGUAGUUAAACAUCGUCUUCUGUUCUUCGACAAUUUCACGACUAAAACUUUAACGUUUUACCCUGUAAAGAGUGAUUAGAUAAUGAAUAAUUUACUUAAUUAAUGUUGAUAUCAAAUUAUUAGCCUUCUUGAUUUGUGAAAUAUCAACAACUCCCACUUUAAUUUAAUGAAUUAGAGCUGCAACUACCAAUCAUUAUGGAUUAAUCUGCACAUCCUAUUCUUCAUUAUUAUCAUUUGAUCAAUAGGCUACGAUAAAACUUUAUUUAUCUCGAGGGAAACUGAUGUGCAGCAGCUGUGCAAAUGUAAAAGUCUAAGAUAACAACAAGGUGCAAUAAAUAUAUAUAAGUCCAUCCCAGUUCCCAGAAUCCAAGGUGACAUCUUUUAAUAUCUAGUUUUGCCUAAAACUCCAAACUAUUCGAUUUAUUGCGAUGUACGACAACAAAAAAAGUUGAGAAGCUGCAGGGAUCAUCAAAAUUUGGGGGUAAAAACACUCAAAAGAUAGUUAUUAUCAGAAUAGUUGUUGCUACAUUUUUUGUCGAUCGACUAAUCAAUCAGGCAUCACAGCUCUGCAAUAAUUCCUAACUUCAUGCAGGUUAUAAUAUUCAGCUUUUGUUAAAACAGUUUUUGGUGGCUGCUGUUUAAUCUACCCUCAUCGAUAUAAAUUGGGUGAAGAAAAUAUUACAACUACACAAAUGUCCACAACACCUCUCUUACAAACUGAGCAUGAUGACAUGAUCACGAUGAGAGAAUUUAUUGCAAGAUGGUUGCAUAAGACUGCACUGGUUAGGUUUACCUAAUAAACUGGCGACUGAGUACAAAUUUAGUCAGCCUGCGCUCUCCUCACAAUGAACCCCACCUCACUACUCUUUUGUCUGCUCGUUCCACUAAGCCAUCACUAGCUAACGAGAUGAGAGGGGAUAAGGAUUGUGACUCUCACUGAGACUCAUUUUAUGGCCCCGAGGAGGGGAUUAGUCCUUUUCCAGCAACAGCAGCAGCCUGUAGCAACACUGAAGCCAACCUUUUGGCAACUGGAUAUACUCUGACAGUGACCUCUAUAGAGCUAAAUCUCACACAACGAUGCGCUGACAUCCAAAACUACCUGGGUAAUCAGGUUUUUGUAUCCAAAUAUGCUGUCCGUACAGUUAUUUGAAUAUAUAAUGGCACACUUAAUAUGAGCUUAAAAUGAAGAGUCGAACUUUAAGGGGAUUUACAGCCACAUUUGAUGAACAGUUAGAAAACUUUCUGCUCAGUCACGUACUUCCCACUGCCAAUAAGUCACUUACUUUAGGAAAAAGCCUCUCUGCACUUCAAGAGCUAAUGUGUGACACAAGUUUGAGGGAUUGUGCAGUACAGUGUGUUAGGAAUAACUAAGGAUUUGUCCCACUCCUGCACUGCGUUCUGCUGCCAACUCUUUCUAUUAAUUCCAGUAUCUGUCUGGUUAAUAAAAACACGAUGCUGCCCUAAGACGUGGAGCCCUCCCUGCAACACACAAGUCAUCCACUCAGAGAAACAAAUUCCAGACUGCUGCAGAAUAAACAAAAUAUUUCUGAGAUGCUCGAGUGCUCAGCAGAAUGUGGAUCAUCAGUUUGGCUUGAUGUCCUUCGACAGCGCUCCAACACCUUCACACUCUCAGCACCCCCUGAAUAAUAGACGUGUCCAACAACACAUUACGUAAAUGCCUCCAAAUCUGAAUAAUUCAAUGUUUUUCAUCCAUUAAACUGUUAAUAAGUGUUCUCUGUUCUUAGCUUGAUUGUCUGUGUAACGGUUUAUCCUGCUGUCGCUUGCUUUUCUUGCAAAAAAAGCUUCCUAGCUCAGUGUGACUUGUCUGCUUAAAGGUAUACUACGCAGGAUUGUGUGAUACUGUUUGCAAACAAGCUCAGCAGCAAAACUGAAAGUAAAAACCAACCCCAGAUUCACUCUCUUUUGGUGUUUCGCCUCAAUAUAUUUGUGUUUUUCUCUGCGUUGUGUCUCUUGAAUGCCUGCUGCUUUCAGUCUGGUUCCUUUUUAAAGAGCCCUGACCUCACCUGAGUGCUGUGGGGGUACACGCCCAUAAACGUUACAAGCAAGGAAAUUAAAAAAAUACUGGCAGAGGGCAGAGUCUCUGCAGAUAAAUACACCAUAGUUUGUCAUAAGUGAUCAUUGGAUUACUUCUGUGAGUCUAUUCAUUGUUUUUUGGGACAAUCCUGCAUAAUGUACCUUUACAGA